AAAGCGGGCUGUUUGUUACAAAUCCUUGGUAAUUUAUCGAAUAAACUCUCAAAGGAGAAUCAAAUUCGUGAUCUUGGAAUCAUCAAAGUUACAAAAUGAUUUUUACAGAGGGUUGCCAUGCAACAUUUUCUCACCUUGACCCAUAUCAUCCUCUCGGUGCAUUGGAGUGCGAGCGCUUGGACUCUUCACUCAGGCUGGCCCACAGCCCCUUUAUAUAUUAUGAUAUGCUGUUUGUCUCACUACUAAAAAGAAAAAAAAUUAAGAACUGAAAAGGGGUGUUUGGUUAGUGCUAAAAUCAACACGGUUAAAAUUUGAUUUAAUGUAUGUCUAUUUUUGCUUUUAAACUAAACAAUAAUCAAUUAUCUUACAUCUUGUAUUUGCUAUACAAUUAUGUCACUCAGGUGUUCAGCAACCUAAUGGCAUUGCUAGUGUAUUUUAAUAGAUCAAGUGUAAGAAUUAAAUUUAAAUCUUAAAUUAAUUUGACUAUGGUUAAAAGAAUACAAAGUAAGAGAAAAAAAAAAUAACAUAUACCGAAUCUUUAAUUUUAGAAUCUUAUACUUCGGUAAAUUGAAAAAUACUGAAUCUUUAAUUUUAGAAUUUCAUAUCUGAAGCGAUGCAGCUAACCAAAGUCGCAACGUUUAUAUGAAUUUUAUUCAAUUUCACAAUAUAUAAAAUAAGGAACUGCCAUCAUCCUGCCACGUGGCUCAUGCAUUUUCCAACCGAAAAUCGGAGGGAAACGUGCAUUGCGUUGCGGCGAGUGAGAAGCGCUGAAAGCCGUACGUUCAAUGAGCGAAGCCGCGAGCAGAAAGCCGUAAAUAAAAAAUGUGCGUCGCAGGGAGGCUGCGUCGCCUCCGGCCAUCCCUCCGUUUCUCGAGCAAGCAACCUUUUCCCCUUUUCUCCUCUCUUUGUCAUAACCAGAAGAAGUCCACUCAAUUCUCCUCAUCCUAUUCCUCCCUCUCUUCGCAAGCUCCAGCAAUGGCUGUUGAUGCUCCCGAACACCAUCGCCGUCUUCAACAGUUGCUGCAAGCUCAAUCUGCUAUAUCUUCACCUGCAUUCCUAGUCAUUCGCAUCUGAAGCGAUAAUCUCCUCUCUGUUGCUUCAUCUCCUGGACUUUGAGAUUUGCCUCUUCUGAUUAUUUCUUUUCUCACCACGUGCAUGGUUCUUCUUCGGCUGAUUUAUUCGGAAUGCUAGGGCUUGAAGUUUACAAAAUUUUUGGAUAACGCUGUUAAUUGGUGGCAGGAUUUAUAAUGGCCGCUUCCGCAGCUUGCAAGCGGGUGGGGCGAUUCGGCUCGAAUUCGGGUUUCAGAUUGGCCAACAUCAGAGACUUUAGUGUUCCGAAAGUGGAAAGGGCUUCAUAUAACGCGUUCAUGAUUCGUCCAUCUGCUUCGUUGGCCUAUUCUGGUUUGCGAAUUUCCCACUUCCACUGUAGAGAGGGCUCUCAGCCGGUGAAAUCCAAUGGAAGGCGUUUGUUCGUCAUCGACACUUUGGCACUGGUUAGGAGAUUGGAAGCGCAAGGCGUGCCCUCGAACCAAGCCGAGGCGAUAACAGCUGCCACUACCGAAGUCUUGAAUCACAGCUUGGAAAAUGUGGCUCAGUCUUUUGUUUCAACGGUUGAGAUGCAGAAAGUUGAAACGAUUCAAGAAUCCAAUUUGUCCAAAUUUAAAUCUGAAGUUCAAAGCUCGCAGGAACAUCAUUUCUCUUUGCUGCAACAUGAGACUGAAAAACUUCGAAAUGAUAUGGAGAAGAUGCGCAGUGAAUUGAGGUAUGAAAUUGACAAAGUAACUUCUGGACAGCGUCUGGAUCUUAAUCUUGAAAGGGGGAGAAUACGGGAUUAUCUAGCGAGUCAGAAUGUAGAGACCAAUAACCUAACAAACAAACUUGACCGGGAAAUCCAUACACUAAGGGCUCAGUUGGAAGCAGCAAAAUAUGAUGUGAUCAAAUACUGCAUAGGUAGCCUGGUUUCCAUUUCUGCUGUCGGUAUAGCUGUAGUUCGCAUUCUGAUGUAGGAGCUUUGCAACACAAAACCAAUGGUGGCAUAGCCCAUAAGUUUAAACAGCAUUCAGCUUCAUGGUUUUUUUUUGAAGCUGUUCGUUGCUCCAGGGGGAAAGAAAAAUUGGGCCAGUUUUUGUUUGGCUCAAGAAAGCACCCCGAAUAAACCUCAUUAGGUCAGCCUUGAUUGUUUUUGCACCCUGAGGAUCUCAGUGGGUUUGAGGCCAUACUUUUGCAAGUACCAAUUUGUACUCAUUGUCAUUGUUCGAUUUAAUAAAAGCACUUCACACGCAUUCUAUAGCU